AUGUGGACGCUGACGCCAGUGGCCUUCUUCCCAGGCGCCGACAUCCAAGGUCUCAGCGGGGAAGAUCGAGGCAGAAAUAAGGACCAGCUCUCACCGCCCUUGCAGAUGCAAAAGAACAGGAGCCUCUCGAAUCUGGCCCUCGCGGUCCCAGACAAUUCCGAAAAAGCUCGAGUACGCAUGUCGUUCGAUGCUGGCCCAGCUGCUUCUGAAUAUGACAUUCUCGCAAGUGACAUGUGCGCGUGCCUUGGUCAAGUGGUAGAAGGGUCAGGUCGCCCCAACCUCCUUAACACCGCUUACUGCCACGGCCAAACCACGACCAUGGACUGGGACUAUCAGGGCUCCGCCGAAUACCCUCUGGCCUCUGGGCCGUCGUCGCCCGCCUUCAUCGACGACUUGGAACGCUUCCCUAGCGAGUCCCUCCAUUCCUUCUCCUUCGCCCACCAGUCUGAGGAGUUUAUACAUAACCGCCAAAAUGUAUUGAGACGUUCUAUCGAAUUCAUGAAGGAUCGAAUUGGCCGUUCCGCCACCUCCAACUCAGCUCUGGCCAGCGUGCAGGCACGGGUGACUGGGGACGUUGAAACACAAAAUAUGUUGGAACUUUUGGCAAAGGCACAGCUGAUGGGCGUCAACGACCCAUCUCACCCUCUAGGCCCUCUCACAGGACCGGCAGACUUGUCAGGUGAAAAUAUGUUUGAAAAGAACUUCAUCCCCAGGACCGAAAGCCCAGAGCCUGUCGAGGACCUUGCAGUGCCUCCAGCGGAAAGCCAGCCUUCCAGCCUUCCUACCCGUGUGCAGGAGGACACAGAGAAGACUACAGCCUCAGACGUACGUCAGAUAUCUCGCAAAGCUUCACUGUCGCCAGCACCGGGGGACGGAGACUCUUCUGAAAACUCAUCCCGAACGCCAACAAACGAGAGCGGAACGACUCAGAAGACUUCGCCCCCAGAGUCCAGGAGGCCAAGCGUCCUAAAGCGAACAUUCACUGACACCGUUCACGCGUCGAUGCAGCAAAAGCUUAUGGAUGCCAUGGCCCAGCCAUUCUCCGCAGGGCAGCCAGGGAAUCCUGACACUGUUCUUUCUCCAAGAUCGUCCCAGUCCUUCGGCCCAUCACUACAUACACCCGGCACGAGGGGCUCUUCGGUGCAUGGCCAUUCCAGCAGAUGGGUCCCUGCCGCACAAGCGAUAUUUACCACUGAAGCUAAGCCUCCAUGGACGAUACUUGCCGCAAAUGACCUGGCUUGCUUGGUCUACGGAUUUCGAAAGUCUGAUUUUAAAACCACCAGCAUACUGGAGAUUGUACAGAAAGAGCGCAGGGGCUGGCUUGAGAACAAAUUAAAACAUGGCGAAUUCGAGAGCGACGCUGGAGCUGAGUCGGAGACUGAGAUCGCACAGCCAGCACCGAAGCCGAAGGUGUCGUCCAAUCUGCUAGGAGCGCGAGGUGGUGGCAUAACAGCCAGGUUACUGAGCAAGCCAAGCUCAAGAUCACAGACACCGCGACUGAGCCCUGUGAAAAGACCCGAGACCUUUCACAGUGGCGACUGGCGCCCUCCCAAGGUGAGUGGUGGGGGCCAUUCGAAACACAAGAGCAACAAGUCUAGAGGAGUGCUUCUCUGUGGAGACGUUGUGCCUAUCCAGAAACGCAACGGGGCCACCGGAUCGGCAAGUCUCUGGGUCAAGGAAAAGAGAAUGGGGCUGAUAUGGGUCCUCGAAGAAAUCCACGAAGAUGUCGCUUACGUCACGCUGGACGAGGAAGGCGUCGUUACCAACCUCACAGGAGAGCUGCUUUCUAUUUGGGGUGAUGACAGCCUACAGCCAGGCCUAGAUAUCGGCAAGCUGGUCCCUCGUAUUCCGCGUCAAGGAAUUGACCCUAGAUACGGGGCGAUCGACUACGCGCAGAUCGCAAGACGGAAGUACUACACCUGUCGCAACUGUGACAGGAUAAACAUUCCGGCAACGAUAAAUCAAGUGCCAGGAAAGACGGAGUUGCGCAUCUCGAGCUUCCCCCACAUCGCAGGCAUCAUCGUUGUGGACCCAGGGUCUCUGACGGUUAAAAGUACCAACUCGGUCUUCUGUAGCGCACUUUUUGGCCAUGAGCAACCAAACGGCAUGGACAUCAAGUCUCUCCUGCCAGGUUUUGACAAGGUCUUGCGAAUCUUGACUGAGCAAGACGGUCUCCAUCUUGUUGAUGGUAUCGUUGUUCCUGAGCAUAGUUUCCGAAAAGCAUAUGCCUUUCUCGGGCUGCGGGAAGGUCGGGCGGACGCUACAAACAGCUUCCUGCGGCCGGAAGGCCUCCCCGCCAAGCAUCGCGAUGGUACAGAGCUGAAGGUUGAUGUUCAGAUGAGGGUUGUCAAGAGCGAGAAACAGACCAUGUUGCACGAGGGAACUCUGACGGAAACAAGCGACGAGGAAUCCGCGAUCACUGAGGACGAAUUCCCCGUCACGCAAACCGAAAUGGUGUUCGCCUUGUGGAUCACCUACUCCCGGCACAUUCAUGCCACCAGGUCAAAUUUGGGCGCCGGGUCUCCUCUGCUUUCAGGAACGGCAACUCCACUCCGACAGCCCAGCCCAGGCCAAACUCCUGCCCCGACACCUGCGGAGCUGCAACUUUCUGACUCUGAUGAGCCCAAGAAAGAGUCGAGACCAGCAUCGAUGUUCACAAAGUCGAUCAAAGAGGCUGCACUAAACGCCGCCGCAAAGCUCACCGGUACAAAAGCACCAGACAAGGCAGAGGAUGAGGGGAAGCAAGAGAAACCACCGGCACCCAAGGCCGUAGAGUCAUCCCACAAGAAGUCCAUUGAUGACUUUGCUAUACUUGAAGAGAUGGGUCAGGGCGCCUAUGGCCAGGUUAAACUAGCCAGAUACAAAGACAGCGGAAAGAAGGUAGUGCUCAAGUACGUCACAAAGAAGCGGAUCCUCGUCGACACGUGGACCCGGGACCGGAAGCUUGGCACCGUGCCCUUGGAGAUACAUGUUCUGAAUUACUUGCGAAAAGAGGGCCUCCGACAUCCCAAUAUUGUUGAGAUGGAGGAUUUCUUCGAGGAUGAAGUCAAUUACUACAUUGAAAUGGGGCCUCACGGGCUGCCUGGGAUGGACCUAUUUGACUACAUCGAGCUUCGAACAAACAUGGAGGAAGACGAGUGCCGAAGCAUCUUCGUCCAGGUCGCGCGGGCGGUUCACCACCUACACAUCAAAGCGAAAGUUGUUCACCGUGACAUCAAGGACGAGAACGUCGUGCUGGACGGAGAAGGCCACAUCAAGCUCAUUGACUUUGGCAGUGCGGCGUACAUCAAGAGUGGCCCCUUCGACGUGUUCGUGGGGACAAUAGACUACGCCGCACCGGAAGUCCUUGCCGGCAAACCUUACAAUGGCAAGGAGCAGGACGUAUGGGCGCUCGGCAUCUUGCUCUACACCAUCAUCUAUAAGGAAAAUCCGUUCUACAGUAUCGACGAGAUCAUGGAUCGCGACCUGCGUGUGCCGUACACCAUCAGCGAUGAGAGUAUCGACCUCAUCCGCCACAUGCUAGAUCGUGAUGUCGAGCAAAGAUACGAUAUCAACCAGGUUCUGGAGCACCCGUGGUGCCAAGUCGGGGAUGACUGA